AUGAAUAAUAAUGUGACACUGCCAUUAUUGAAUAUCAACGAUACAAGUGGAAUAUGUCCGCAGCCAUUGUAUUGGACAAGUUCAGCGGUGGAUAAUCGUGUUGCUCGACUAGUUGUUUGCAUCAUAGCAACAUUUACUCAUUCUAUUUUUUGGUUACAACUCGCCUGUUGCUCGUCUGUCCGACAAGGUUCAAUGCAAUGGCUCUAUGCAUACUUGAUCACUGAUUUGCUCUUAAUCAUUCGGUAUGUUUCCGUCUAUAUUGUUUAUACCACAACCACAGAUUGCUAUCCGAAUCAAUCAUGGGUUUUAUUCAUGUACUAUUUCGAAGCGACAUUCGAUAAUUACCUGAAUAUACUCGAAGUAUACAUUCUUCUAGCUUUAAAUAUCUGCCGUUACAUUCAAAUCGUAUACAAUCGAAAUGUUUAUCAACUUUAUAGAAAAUAUUUGCUUGCAGCUCACGUGUGCAUUUAUACAGUUCCUGCAAUUUCAAUAUUAAUACAGUUUUACGCUGGCUGGUGUCAAUUACUAGUUGUUCCAAGAAAUUAUUGUCAAGUGAUGUAUACAAAUAUCUACAUCCAAGCUUUUAAUGUUAUCACAGCAUUUGCCCUUCCUAUUGCACUGAAUAUUAUCAUCAUUUAUUGCAGUGUGCGUCAUGUCCGUUCGGCGUCAACAGUGCGAGCAGGUGCACAUCAUGUUUCUGCACGACAGAAAUAUAACCGAUCGCUAGUAAUACAAUUUCUUGUUUUCUACACUAUCUGGCUUUCAUUGUGGUCACCCAAUGUGGUUGCUUUUCAAGUAUCGAUCGCCGAUGGCGAUGUUACUCGUUAUGUUCGGAUGCUCAAUUUUGUCGAGAUAGCGUUGGAUCCCAUUAUUAUCGCUGCACUAGAUGUUCGUUUUUGGCAAGAAUGGCGUCGAGUUAUUCUACAUCUAAAAGCUAAUCAUCUUUGUAGUGGAACAAACCCAGCACGAGUUCAACCGACGACAACAGCUGCGAAUAUGCCGUCGGUCAAACAGCCUCGAUUGGAUGCAACGGCAUUGUGA